AUGACAAGUUACUUUGGAAAUAUCUUUGAUGAACCCCUCAAAAAGCUUACUGAUUCUUUCCAGUCCCUGAAAGAACAUAUAUCAGGCUAUCAUCCUUUGGACGACAAACGGGUACCGGAUGUCAACAUUCUUCUACUUGGUCAAGUAGGAGCUGGAAAAUCAAGCUUUUUCAACACAAUCAACUCCAUUUUUCGCGGAGAAAUUACAUCACGCGCAUGUACAGGAAGUUCAGAGCACAGCUUAACAAGAGCAUUUCGGAAGUACAGAAUUCGGGACCCGGCUUCGGGACAGUUUCUUAAGUUAAGGCUAUGUGACACUCGUGGUCUUGAAGAGGGUCUUGGAGUGAAGACACAGGACAUUGCCUGUAUUUUAGACGGAAACCUGCCAGAACAUUAUCAGUUUAAUCCAACCUUACAUGCAACACCCAAAUUACCAGGGUUUGUAAAGAAUCCCUUGCUGAAGGACAAAAUCCAUUGCGUGGCUUUUGUGAUAGAUGCCAGUACCGUUGACGUCAUGAAUGAUGCAGUUCACCGUUACAUCAAGGAAAUUCAAAGCUUAAUUGUCGAAAGGGGCAUUCCACAAGCAAUCUAUCUCACAAAGCUCGAUAAGAUUUGCCCUGAUGUAGAUGAUGACGUCAAGAAGAUCUUCACAAGCAAUACUUGCAAACAGGCGGUAGAUACGGUCGCUGACGUCAUUGGUGUUCCGAGAUCACACGUUUUCCCUGUGAAGAACUAUGAGAAGGAAACAAGUUUACAUAUUCCUAUCAAUAUUCUGGCACUCUCAGCACUUCGUCAGACGCUUGUGUUUGCAGAUGACUAUCUAGAGGAUCAGAGCGAAAUUGGAGAUUGGUCUCUAUAA